UGUUUUGAAUCAUGAUUUUAAAGACAGGCUGAACUGCCGAGUAGCAAUUGGAUCACUCCAAGGGGUGGCGACUUGCGCAAUAUUCCUUUCUAGAAACGAGUUUUGUUUCUGAGUUUUUCGAGGCUGUAAACAGGCGAAUGAUCACGCGUUAGGCUACUACAGUUUUCUACGAUUUAUUAUAGUUUGUUUUCUUUUCAUAGAGACCGGUUUUAUGUUUUUUCAUUGCAAGAUGACUUCAUACUUGUGGAUUGUACUUCUGGCAAGUCUUGUGGCAACAAAAGCGCAAGAUUUGGACCUCUUUGAUGCCCUUGAUGAUGAGAAGCCCCCUACAAAACCACCAUUGAAACCUGUCCCACCCAAAAACACAAAUACAGAAGGGUUCGAUCUAUUAGAUGCAUUCGAUAACGAUCCAAAGAACCCAUCUGGAGAUCCAAAAAAAACAUCUGGAGAUGGCUUUGAUUUAUCUGAUGCAUUGGGUCCAGGUAAAAACAGGAACACUGAACCUAAAAAACCUGUGGUGAAACCACCCCAGGACAGUGGAACUGGUGGUAGAGAUUUGGAUGACAAAGACCUGUUUGAUUUGAAUAAUGGUGACUACAAGCCAGAUGGAGGCCAAAGUGGAGGGCGUGAAUCAGGCCCUGGUUAUGAAGGUGGUGCCUCUGACCAACCUCAAGAUCUAAACCUGAAUUGGAUCCAUCUUAUCAAGAUUCUAGCCGAUAAAAUGCCAGAAGGCCUCAGUGUCUGGAUUUCCAACUUGAAAGAAAUAUUAGUGCCCCUUCUAGAGCGGGUUAUGGAACUACAGAGUGUAGCCGAUGAAAAGACUGAGCUUUAAAUUCCUUGAAUAGAAAUAACCUGCUUCUGUUUGGGCUUAAAAAUGGUUUACAACAGUUGUUUACAUGGUUUGCGAUUUAUACUUUGUUACUGAUGGUGAUCAGGUUUUUUCCUAGGAUGCCAAUUUGGUAGUGAUUAACUGAUUGAUCUGAUUUUAUUGUGAGGGGUUUGAUGUUUUAGUGUUGGAACAGAUUGGAGUAGGUCUAUAAGAAUGAAGGUGGAGGCCACUUAUAGUUGUUUACUGAAGUGUGUUAUGUUGGGCUUAUUUCUAGCUGUGAAAACCUUGUACUUUAUUUAAUAUUACAUUUUAAGUGAACAGAAGGGGCUUUAUCUUAUUCCUUCUCCCUCUUCCUCAGGACAUUUAUGGCUUCCUGCCUUUUAAAAUUGUUCCCGUUAUUUUUACACAUACUGUAGAGUUGCUAGAGGCACUCUAACCUUAUUCACACAGCACUUUGGUCCCAGAAAAUACCCCUAAAAUUGGCAGACAAGCUUCUGUGUGAACACAUCUACUAAAUGUUCUAGGAUCGCUACCGUAUAGAGAACCUAGGAACAUUGCAGUAACAUACCCAGAAAGCCCUCUGUGUGAAUGAAACGCAGAAACAAUGUUGUAAGAGAUGUGCCUGAGUGAGGAUACGUGUGUCCUGGCAACAUAAAGUUAUGGUUUAGCUCUUUAAAAUGAGAGAUUUAAUACAGAUUAACAUUCAUGACGAGAAAUGUUGGAAAACUAGACUUAAGCUGAGAUCAUUUACCAGCAUGACAGAACAGCGCUCCUUAUGAUCUUGUUAUAUACUUUAAUACACAUGCGUAGUUUCUCGAGAGAAGAAUCACAGAUAAUAAGCAUACUUCAGACAUUCCGGAGAAAAACAACUAAGUGCAGGACUUUAAACAUGUCACGUGUCUUUACAGGAUCUUUACGGUAUCUUUGUUAACGCACACACAGAUUCCGGAAAUUCAUUGGCAGUGUCCAAAAAUCAAACAAUCCUGGACAAAUCCUGGAUGCAUUUUCCGUGUAUUUUUUUCUCGUUAUGUCUGUGUGAAAAGGGCUUCUGAUUUGUGCUAGCAGACUGACAUUAUGUUUGCAUGGCAUAUUUUCAAAUUAGAACAAGGGUUUUAUAUGUUUUUUAUGGUAUGGUGCAUUAACGCCAAGGCCUUAUUGAACAUUAAAGUUUGUGUUCAUACUGCAUUUACUUUUUAUGGGUGCAAUGGUUCACUCUUUUUUAUAUAAAACCAAUGAGUUAUCAAACAUGUUGCCUAUUUGAAUUUUAUAUCAGAAGAGUCUAAAAAUCUUAUAAGGUUCAUACAUGUCUAUGUCUCUGCUAAACACUUUGCUAAAAACUCAGGUUUUAAACAGGUGGAUGUUUGUAAAUCUAGACACUUGUCAUAGCAUGGAACUUUCAUGGUUUUACUAAAAAUGGGUUAAAAGUGACAGAGCCAUAACACACAGCAGUCAUGUAUAUCUUUAUAGUAUAAACUCACUUUGGAGAAACCAA